AUGGCCGCCGCCCCGGCCGCUUCUUGUCGAGUGCUACAAAAUGGCGGCCGCAGGCGGAGCCGGGCGGGGCUGCUCUCGCCUGCCUCUGGGCCACCUAGAAAUCCCUGGCCUCUGCUUCCCUUCCCGGGCCGGCCCGGGAGACGCGGUCUGCAGUCUGGGCUGAGUGGCGGGCGCGGCGCGGCGCGAGGACGGCGUGCGAGCGUGGCGGGCCUCGCGCCUCGGCGGGAGGGACGCGGCCCGCGGCGGGGCCCGGCCGUUGGCGCGGGACCAGCGAGGCGGACGAGUCCGGAGCCCGGCCUCCCGGUGGGGAGGAGGUGUGUGGGCCCUGUGGCCGGCCGGCCGCCGCGUUGUCACCGGGGGACUCCGAGCGGAGGCGGCGAGCGGGCGGGAGGCCGCCUUCCUGCGGGAGAACAAAGGGCGGCCCGGAGGGGGCGCCUCCCGCCCGGCCCGGGCCCUCGCCCGUCGGAAGCCCGGCCACACUGGCCUUGGGGGAGGAACCCGUUGCUCUUUUGUUUGCGCGGAGUGGGGCGGAGGUUCCCGCUGCCAUGUUGUAGCCAGGCUCUUCCGGCGGCUUCCCACACGCGCCCUGUGGGAAGGGGUGAAAGGACGGGCGGAGGACAGAGCCGUUCCGGCAGCGGGGAGUUGAGACCUUGGCCGGCCUGUCACUGCCCGGGCCGCGCACAGCAGUGCGGCAGACCUCGGGCCACCGCCGGCUUUUCGUUUGUACCAUCCCCUCCCCUCCCCACCCCAUCCAUUAAUAUUAUUCUUUUGAAGAUUCUUCGUUGUCAAGCCGCCAAAGUGGAGAGUGCGAUCGCAGAAGGGGGUGCUUCUCGUUUCAGUGCUUCUUCGGGCGGAGGAGGAAGUAGGGGUGCACCUCAGCACUAUCCCAAGACUGCUGGCAACAGCGAGUUCCUGGGGAAAACCCCAGGGCAAAACGCUCAGAAAUGGAUUCCUGCACGAAGCACUAGACGAGAUGACAACUCCGCAGCAAACAACUCCGCAAAUGAAAAAGAACGACAUGAUGCAAUCUUCAGGAAAGUAAGAGGCAUACUAAAUAAGCUUACUCCUGAGAAGUUUGACAAGCUAUGCCUUGAGCUCCUCAAUGUGGGUGUAGAGUCUAAACUCAUCCUUAAAGGGGUCAUACUGCUGAUUGUGGACAAAGCCCUAGAAGAGCCAAAGUAUAGCUCACUGUAUGCUCAGCUAUGUCUGCGAUUGGCAGAAGAUGCACCAAACUUUGAUGGCCCAGCAGCAGAGGGUCAACCAGGACAGAAGCAAAGCACAACAUUCAGACGCCUCUUGAUUUCCAAAUUGCAAGAUGAAUUUGAAAACCGAACCAGAAAUGUUGAUGUCUAUGAUAAGCGUGAAAAUCCCCUCCUCCCUGAGGAGGAGGAACAAAGAGCUAUUGCUAAGAUCAAGAUGUUGGGGAACAUCAAAUUCAUUGGAGAACUUGGCAAGCUUGAUCUUAUUCACGAAUCUAUCCUUCAUAAGUGCAUCAAAACACUUUUGGAAAAGAAAAAGAGAGUCCAACUCAAAGAUAUGGGAGAGGAUUUGGAGUGCCUCUGUCAGAUAAUGAGAACAGUGGGACCUCGAUUAGACCAUGAACGAGCCAAGUCCUUAAUGGAUCAGUACUUUGCCAGAAUGUGUUCCUUAAUGUUAAGUAAGGAAUUGCCAGCAAGGAUUCGUUUCCUACUGCAGGAUACCGUAGAGUUGCGAGAACACCAUUGGGUUCCUCGCAAGGCUUUUCUUGACAAUGGACCAAAGACGAUCAAUCAAAUCCGUCAAGAUGCAGUAAAAGAUCUAGGAGUGUUUAUUCCUGCUCCUAUGGCUCAAGGGAGGAAUGACUUCUUCCUGGAGGGACCGUUCAUGCCGCCAAGGAUGAAAAUGGAUAGGGACCCACUUGGGGGACUCGCUGAUAUGUUUGGACAAAUGCCAGGUAGUGGAAUUGGUACUGGUCCAGGAGUUAUCCAGGAUAGAUUUUCACCCACGAUGGGACGACAUCGUUCAAAUCAGCUCUUCAAUGGCCAUGGGGGGCACAUCAUGCCUCCCACGCAAUCGCAGUUUGGAGAGAUGGGGGGCAAAUUUAUGAAAAGCCAGGGGCUAAGCCAGCUCUACCAUAACCAGAGUCAGGGACUCUUAUCCCAGCUGCAAGGACAGUCGAAGGAUAUGCCACCACGGUUUUCUAAGAAAGGACAGCUUAAUGCAGAUGAGAUUAGUUUGAGGCCUGCUCAGUCGUUCCUAAUGAAUAAAAAUCAGGUGCCAAAGCUUCAGCCCCAGAUAACUAUGAUUCCUCCCAGUGCACAGCCACCACGCACUCAAACACCACCUCUGGGACAGACACCACAACUUGGUCUCAAAACUAAUCCACCACUUAUCCAGGAAAAGCCUGCGAAGACUAGCAAAAAGCCACCACCAUCAAAGGAAGAACUACUUAAACAGACUGAAGCCGUUGUGACUGAAUAUCUGAAUAGUGGAAAUGCAAAUGAGGCCGUCAAUGGCAUGAGAGAAAUGAGAGCCCCGAAACACUUUCUUCCUGAGAUGUUAAGCAAAGUGAUCAUCCUGUCACUAGAUAGAAGUGAUGAAGAUAAAGAAAAAGCGAGCUCUUUGAUCAGUUUACUCAAACAGGAAGGAAUAGCCACAAGUGACAACUUCAUGCAGGCUUUCCUGAACGUAUUGGAGCAGUGCCCCAAACUGGAGGUUGACAUCCCCUUGGUGAAAUCUUAUUUGGCACAGUUUGCAGCUCGUGCUAUAAUUUCAGAGUUGGUGAGCAUUUCAGAACUAGCUCAACCACUGGAGAGUGGCACCCACUUCCCUCUCUUCUUACUUUGUCUUCAACAAUUAGCUAAAUUACAAGAUCGAGAAUGGCUAACUGAACUUUUUCAACAAAGCAAGGUCAAUAUGCAGAAAAUGCUGCCAGAAAUUGAUCAGAAUAAAGAUCGAAUGUUGGAGAUUCUGGAAGGAAAGGGAUUGAGUUUCUUAUUCCCGCUCCUUAAAUUGGAGAAGGAACUAUUGAAGCAAAUUAAGCUGGAUCCAUCCCCUCAAACUAUAUAUAAAUGGAUUAAAGAUAACAUCUCUCCCAAACUUCAUGUAGAUAAAGGAUUUGUGAACAUCUUAAUGACCAGCUUCUUACAGUACAUUUCUAGUGAAGUAAGCCCACCUAGUGAUGAAACAGAUUCUUCCUCUGCUCCUUCCAAAGAACAGUUAGAGCAGGAGAAACAACUGCUGCUCUCUUUCAAGCCAGUGAUGCAGAAAUUCCUUCAUGAUCAUGUGGAUCUACAGGUCAGUGCCCUGUAUGCUCUGCAGGUGCACUGUUACAACAGCAGCUUCCCAAAAGGCAUGUUACUUCGAUUUUUUGUUCAUUUCUAUGACAUGGAAAUUAUUGAGGAGGAAGCUUUCUUGGCUUGGAAGGAAGAUAUAACUCAAGAGUUUCCAGGAAAAGGCAAGGCUUUGUUCCAGGUAAAUCAGUGGCUAACCUGGCUAGAAACUGCUGAAGAAGAAGAAUCAGAGGAAGAAGCUGACUAAAGAACCAGCCAAAGCCUUAAAUUGUGCAAAGCAUACUAUGAUGUAACUGCAUUUGACCUAACCACUGCGAAAAUUCAUUCCGCUGUAACGUUUUUCACAAUAUUUAAAGCAGAAGCACGUCAGUAAGGUUUCCUUCUGCAUAAGGUUUUUGUAGUGUGAUGUCUUAAUCAUAGUCUACCAUCAAAUACUUUAGGAGUAUCCUUAAUGUUUAGAUAGAAUAUUAGCAGCAUGCAAUAAUUACAUCCUAAGUUCUCAAGCAGAGGCAGUCUAUUGCAAAGAUCUUCUUUGCUGCCAGUUACCAUAGGCUGUUUUUAAGUUAGAAAACUGAAUAGCAACACUGAAUACUGUAGAGAUGCACUUUGCUCAGUAAUACUUGAGUUGUUGCAAUAUUUGAUUAUCCAUUUGGUUGUUACAGAAAAAUUAACUGUAAUUGAUGGUUGUUGCCGUAAUAGUAUAUUGCCUGUAUUUCUACCUCUAGUAAUGGGCUUUAUGUGCUAGAUUUUAAUAUCCUUGAGCCUGGGCAAGUGCACAAGUCUUUUUAAAAGAAACAUGGUUUACUUGCACAAAACUGAUCAGUUUUGAGAGAUCUUUAAUGCCCUUGAAGUGGUUUUUGUGGGUGUGAAGCAAAUGGUGAGAAUUUGAAUUGGUCCCUCUUAUUAUAGUAUUGAAAUUAAGUCUACUUAAUUUAUCAAGUCAUGUUCAUGCCCUGAUUUUAUAUACUUGUAUCUAUCAAUAAACAUUGUGAUACUUGA